AAUGGAUUCAGGUAGCUUCAAUGGAUAUCAUAUAAUUGAUGCUGCUCCAUAUAAAGGAUCAAGAACUAUUUAUUUAGCCAAUUAAGAAACCCUUAGAGUCUUAAUUGCUGAUAGUGAAAACAAUGAAGAAACUAGUUAUUCUAUAUCACUUUCAACUACUCAAUCCUCAACAUGUGAUCAUAUUGCUGCUACUGAAGAUGGAGUCUAUAUCUUUGCUACAUGUCAACUCAAUAACAAUAAAGUAUUCCAUGUUGCUAAAUGCUCAACCACAGGACUUCUUGAAUGUCAUCAAUUUGGAACUAUUUAAACAAUAGAUGCAUUAUUUACUGUGUCCUAACUUGCUGUAAAUGGUAAUUAUGUCUUUGUGUUGAAUGGUAAUCCUCAAAGACCAAGAAAUUAUGAAGGAUCACUUAAUGUCUAUAGAUGGACUGCAAGUGCAUAAUAAGUUACAUUUGAUUUACAAAAAAUAUUUGAUAAAGCAUUCUUUGGAAACUAAUCCAGUUAUUUCAGUAGUUUCUACCUUGCUAAUUAUAAAGUUGGAGUAACUAAUUAUCUCAAAGUUCUUUUAGUAGAUUCUAAAUAAAAUCUAUAUGCAAUUGAUGCCUCUUUAAGUACUUUUGGAGUCAUCACAUGGUAUACUACUUAUUCCUAAUUGAAUCUUUAUACAUUCAUCAAUUAAGGUCAAUUUGUUUCAUAAACAAGUUCAUAUUAUUAAGUAUUGGAAUUAGCAGCCCCUUAUUAUUAAUCAUCUGAUUAAACUAUUAGACUCAGAGUCCUCAUUACAACUGAUUCAUCAGCUCAUUAUGCUAUAUCAUUGACUUUUGAUGGUAAAUCUAUUUCAACUAGUAUACCUUUAAGUUAUCAAAAUGUUAUCUAUCUUUUAAAUCAAUAUUCAACAUGGACUGCUUUGAAUAAAGCUUAAGUUGGUAAUGAUUAUGCUGUCAUUGCAUACACUGAUAAUAGUCAAUUAUUGUUAGCAUCCUAUUUAUUACCAAAAGAUCCAAUCUAAGGAGUGCCUUUGAUUAAAUUAGUUGGUGGAACUCAAUCCAAAUAUGGUUAUCCUUAAGUAUCAGAUUUCUUAGCAUAUAUCCCAAAGAAUAUUGGUUUCGUAAUUUUAUAUUAAUUAUCAUUUUUAGCCAAGACUCUAUGCUAAUAUUAUCAGAAAUGUUGAUAUCAAAGAGAACUUGUUAUAAACUUAUUAUUUGAAUCCAACUUAUCAACUUUAUGUCUAUAAUGUUGGUGGUGACUUAGCUGAAUAAUAUGUUUCACUUACCCUAAAUAAUGCUUUCACUUCAGAUACAGGUUAUGUAUUAUUAAGAUAAUUUAAAACUGAAUAACAAGAAGAAGACAAAUCAUUAUUGGAAACAGUCUAUGAUAUAUUUUGGUGAAAAAUCCAAAUGAGUUAUUAAUAAAUAAAUAAACAAC